AUGGGAGCCUGUUGCAGUAAGGAACCAUAUUCUGACGGGGUGGUAGAGGAUGCUAUAGAAGAGAAAGAACUAGAGGAUGAGGAGGAGGGUGAUGUAAUUGUUGGAGAUUAUGGAGCCCGUUUGAGGUUGUAUGGACCUUCAAAAUAUACAUCAAUGUACACCCAACAAGGAAGGAAAGGGAUCAAUCAGGAUGCCAUGACUGUUUGGGAGGAAUUUACAGGUGAUAAAGAUAUGCUUUUCUGUGGAGUGUUUGAUGGUCAUGGUCCCUAUGGUCACAAAGUUGCACGCCAUAUACGUGACACUUUACCCUCAAGGCUCUCUAGAGAAAUCAAAACAUCACAGAAUAAUAGCUUCAAAAGUAGAGAUGCUGAUGGAAAAGGAGAUAAUAGCGAUGAGGUCAAUAAAAACAAAGGUGGCAAAGAUAGUGUCGACGAUGAUGAUAGCAGCAGUCUGCUGUUAUCUUCAUGGGAGGCUACCUUCACCAAGUCCUUUAAGGAAAUGGAUGAAGAACUUAGCCUUGAUGCCAGCAUUGAUAGCUUCUGCAGUGGUACUACUGCUGUAACUAUAGUUAAGGAGGGAAACAACCUGAUAAUUGCCAACUUGGGUGAUUCUCGUGCUGUUCUUUGUUCUAAGGGCCCAAAAAAUCAACUCAUUCCCAUCCAAUUGACUGUUGAUCUGAAACCGAAUAUUGCAAGUGAAGCUGAAAGAGUCAAGAACUCUAAUGGCAGAGUUUUUGCAUUGGAAAAGGAACCAGAAUUGUUCAGAAUAUGGAUGCCUGAUGAAGAUUGUCCUGGUCUAGCCAUGGCAAGGGCUUUCGGAGAUUUCUGCUUGAAAGAUUAUGGCCUCAUUUCAACUCCGGAAGUUUCUUAUAGAAGGGUUACUGAUAAGGACGAAUUUGUGAUUCUGGCAACUGAUGGGGUGUGGGAUGUGUUAACAAACUAUGAGGUCAUAAAGAUUGUUGCUUCUGCAAGGAAGCGAUCCAUGGCUGCUAAAUUGGUAGUAAAGCAUGCUGCUCGUGCAUGGAGAAGUAAAUUUCCUGGCAGCAAGGUUGAUGACAGUGCGGUUAUAUGCUUGUUUCUGAAGAAUCGGACUUUGUUAACCAGAUCUUUCUCUGAAGUGACCCAACUCAGUGUAAAUCAUUCCGAGCUUGAAGGCUACUCUGACAUGAGUCUGGCCAAAUUCGAAACCUAUUCUGAGGUGAGCCGGGCCAGUCUCAAUCACUCAGAGAUUGCUGCAGUUCCUGAGAGGUUUAGAUCCAAGAAACGAGAGGGAAGCUCUGAAAAUGCCGACACUGAUUUUAACUCAGAGGAGUAUGAGUUUCCUCAUUUCAGAUUACAAAAAGUUAAUUCAUCCGGAAAGUUCCCUCGACUUCGCAAAGUUUUGAGUCGACGAAAAUCAACCAGAGCUUACAAAGGUGUUGAAACUGUUGAAGUUUGA